AUGGAGGGAAGCAGAUCAGAAACUUUGGUGGCUGAAGUGAGUGAGGAAGUCGUUUAUACUUCUGUCAAAUUCUCUCAGACUCCUCCGCCGAGGGCCAAAGCUGGAUGGGAAAUGAGAGCUCCGUGUCUGUGGCCAGCAGUUUUGCUGGGCUUGACUAUAGGCUUUGGGAUACUGAGCAUCUCCCUAGCAACUGCUUUGAUUUGGAAGAUGAGUGACUCCCACCCACUCUGCCCUGAGCAGUGGAUAGCCUACAGAGGGAGCUGCUACUCUUUCUCCAAGCAGAAGAAGGACUGGCAUUCCAGCCAGGAAUCCUGCAGGGCACAGGGAGCUCAUCUCCUGGUGAUGAGCGACACCAGCGAAAUGGACCUGUUCAAGACUAUUCAAACAGGAUGUUUCUGGAUUGGACUGAGGAACAGCACAGACUCUGGCUGGAUCUGGGAAGAUGGCUCUAUACUCAAUGGCACCAAGGUCCUCUCUAACAGCCCUGUACAACACUGUGUUGUCCUGAUGCAUGGACAAUUUCAGGCCUCCAGCUGUGAAUUUACCGCUCCAUGGAUCUGUGAGAAAUCUCUUAGAUAA